AUGUUACAAGAAUGGAGGCCAGAAACUGCCCCUUUAGAUUGGGAGCCCUCCCACGUUGCGAGCUUGGAAAAACUGAACAAUGCCCUGCUAAACCCACCAGCAUUAGGGAUACCCGAUACGACAAGACCAUUCAAACUAUUUGUGGAUGAUAGAAGAGGAGUUGCGGUGGGAAUGCUGACCCAAGCCUUGGGCUCCUGGGAACGCCCCGUGGCGUAUCUAAGUAAGAAAUUGGACCCCGUAAGCCAAGGCUGGCCAGGCUGCUUGAGGAGCAUUGCGGCUACAUCCUUGUUGUUAACUGAAGCACUGAAACUCACCUUCGGGCAAACCAUUCAAGUGACUGCAUCACACUCCAUUCAAAAUCUGCUGGAAAAACAAGGGCCAAAAUGGAUGACGAGUUCCCGUUUAAUUAAAUAUACUGCCCAGUUGUGUGAAAAUCCAAACGUGAUUGUACAGGAUAGGGCAACAUUGAAUCCAGCUACAUUAAUGCCAGUGCCAGAGCAAGAGCCAGUACAUGAUUGUGAAGAAAUAAUGACUAAAGUGUUCUCCAGUAGACCGGACCUAAAAGAUCAGCCAUUAAGGAAGGGACAAUCCCUAUUCUGCGACGGAAGUAGUUACUUACAGCAAGGGACUAAAGUAGCAGGAUACGCAGUAGUGGAACAAGGAGGACAUAUAGUCCGGCAUGGCAAGCUGCCCCCAGGAACUUCGGCUCAUAAAGCUGAAAUUAUAGCACUUACUGAAGCCCUACGGGAAGGAGCAGGACAGGAAGUGACAAUCUAUACAGAUAGUAAAAACGCUUUCCUCACCUUGCAAGUGCAUGGAGCCCUGUAUAAGGAAAGAGGAUUCCUCACCUCUGAAGGAAGGCCUAUAGCGUACUCACAUGAAAUCAGGGCACUCUUAGACGCAGUGUGGAAACCUAGGAAAGUGGCUGUGGUACAUUGUAGGGCUCAUAAAAGACAGGAUGGUCCGGUCCAUCAAGGAAAUGCUCAGGCCGAUAAAGUAGCUAAGUCUGCAGCUCUUAAAGCCCCCCCUGUUGUCAGGAGUUUUGCUCACCUGUAUUAUGUAGAAGUCCCCACGGAUGUGGGAAGUCCUGUCUACACUCCAGAGGAAAAAAGAGAAGCUCAAGAUUAUAGUUACCGGGAUGUUGAAGGGCAGACUCCAUGGAUUCACUGGACCAGAGUGAAACCAGCAGCGAAUCCAGAAUGGGAAGUAGUAACCAACACACCAGGGGCGUUGCGGAUGAGGAUCCGGAAGCGUGCCACUACUGGAAGCAGGGACGCGACGGGAGAAGCCUCCUCGGGACCGGCAACCGAGUGA